AUGUCCCCACAGAAUCUCAUCUUGCAAAGAUUCAGCCUUGUUGUUAUCGUGCUUGGUUUGGUCUUGCUGAUUGUAUCAAGCUUAUUGCUAUCGCAAGUAAAUCCAUGGUCCACCGAAUGCGGUGGAAUUCGUUCCGUCAAACCCCAGCUUUCUUUGCAUGAGUUCGCACUCCUCAAGAAGAAAACGAAGACAAGCGAUUACUUCUCCGAUUACUUUUCGGAUUUUUUUGCAGACGAUUGUCCUUGUGAUGGAUUGACCGCAGCAGUUCAACUUCUUGGCGGCUUUCCAGCAUUGUUCGCCAUGUUCCUAAGUUUGUAUGAAUUACAUGUAGGCACAAGGGGUUUUCUCGCAAGCAUCAACAAAUACCCGCCCCAUACUGGAUGUCUAGCCGGUGCCCUUACCAUCUCCUCCGUGCUUGUGGCUCUCGCUUCGAGCGCUUGCCUCGCUUAUGUAGGAGCUGUUUCACACACCUUCUGUGACUGGCGUGAAAAGAUUUGGGUUACAUUCGUGUUCUUGCUCGGCAUUCCAGUGUUUCAUGUCAAGCUGUACUAUGCCGCGCUGCAGUGGACUCCGGAACAUCAGGAGGACAAACAUGAGACUCCUGGGGACUCUGCAGCAACUCCUACAGUCAUGGCAGCCAUCGUGAAUGUAGAGCAGCCGGUCGACAAAGAAAAGAAACACAAAGUUGCAAAGAAGCCCCAGCCACCCAAGAAGCUUGUUCAAGCACAGAGACGCGACUCGACCGACAGCAGCAGUGACGACGAGGAUGAGAACAAGGCAUCAGGUGUCGACCGAGUCUGA